UAGCAUUUUAAAAUGUUUUUAUUUAAAAUUUUUCAGAUAUCCUAAAUAAUACGAUAUGAGUGAUGAUGUUUUAAAGUGCGACUUAUGCAAGAAGUCAUUUAGUGGUGUAGUACCAUAUUCUCAACAUUUGAAAAGUGCAAAGCAUUUGAAAAAGAAAAAUCAAAUUGAAUUAGAAGCAACUAUUAAAUUACCAGUAACAGAAGAGGGGAAAUUAUUUUGCACUUUGUGUAAUAUGAAAUUUAGUGGUGUAAUUCCUUUUCAACAACACAUGAAUGGUUCAACUCAUAUGAAAAAUGUUCGACGACAAGAUGUAAUGAAAGACAUAUGUUAUAAUUUAAAUCCAAAACAAACUGGAUUUAAAUCAUCAUUGAAAGAUAAAAAGAAAAUGUUUGAUGAUGGUUAUUUUAGUUCUGCCAGUAGUUGUAGUAGUGGAAGUACGCAUAGUAGUAUGAAUUCUGGCAGAUUCGGUUCUAAUAAUUCCUUUAAUUCUUUUAAUUUACCAAACCAAAGCCAAAAUGUAAGUUUAGAUCCUGGUGUUGAAUUACAGAAAAUGUAUGAAUGUAAAAUGAAAGUAUAUGAUGAUGAACAAUCUGGUGUAUUUCAAAAACAUAGUUUAUUGAAAGAAUCAGUACCAACUUCAUCAAAUAGUCAUUUAUGGGAUGAGUUUUAUAAAUCAUCAGUAUCAAGAAUGGGGAUGAUUCCAGAAAUGGAACCAAAAUUGCAGGGCUGUGAAAUCUGUAACAUACCUUUCUUUAGCAAUCAGGAAGAAAUUAUUCAACAUCUUCAGAGUGAUGAGCACUUUAUACAAAAAUUGAGGACUUUGAAAUUAACAAGUUAAAAAUAAUUUUAAUUUUUACUAGGAAAUAAAUUUAUGCUUAUAACUUCUUACAAGAUAUAAUUACUAUCGUCAACAUUUAUUUUAAAAUUGUUAUGUCACUGAAAACUGUAAUAGCAAUGUCAAAUUAAAUUUUAAAAUAGAAAUCAAACUAAGUUGUUUUUACUUUUAAUGCAAAUUGUAAUUGUUCAUAAUUUAAAUUAAUAUUCUUUAUUAAUUCUGAAUUGUGCAUAAAUAUGAAUAAUUAUAAUAAGCAAUUAAAAGACGUAAGACAUUAUACGUUAAAAAUAACAAGAGAUUUGUUUUCUAAUUUUAAAAUAUUAAAUUGACAUUGCUAAAAUAUUAAGUGGCAUUAUUGAAAUAGAUUCAAUUGUAUUUCUGUGUUUUAUGACAUAUGGCAGAAUGCUGAUUAAAAAUAUUCUUUUAAUGAAAUGAUUAAAAUAAAGCAAGACUUUCAAGUAAAAGUGCUAUAUUAUCAUUGUUAACAAGUAAUAAUAUACUCAAUUGUUCAGUUGAAAAAUAAAAAUGUAUUUAUUAUUAUUAUUAUUUUUUGUUUUUUCCCAUUAAACAUAUAGUUCAAGAUAUCUUUACUCUUGACAGAACUAAGUAUCUCUUAGACUACAUGUUUAAUGGAAAAAAUAAUGAUUGUAGAAAAUACUUUUAUCUAUCAUAUAAUAAUUACUGUAUUGGUAUAAAACAUUAAUUAUAUACAUAAACAUGAUUUCACAAAUUAUAUAGAAAUGUAUGAUAUCUGUAUAACUUUGAAAUCAUAUAUUUGUAUACAAUCAGUUUUAUGCCAUUUUGUAAGUAUGUAAUGCUGAGUGUAAAGUAUUUAUAGAAAUUAAAUUAAAUAUUUAGAUAUUUUAAACUCAUUUAAG